UUGGAGGAACCCGUCCCCUUUGGAACCUUAUCUCGUCGUCGAUCUCGCUGCUCCCAACCCCAAACCAGUCCAACCUCUCGAGAUUGUUCUUCACGUUUCACGAUUGGGCAGCUGCGGCGGAUCAAUCGAUCCAGGAUGCCGCCGCCGCCGAGACGAGAAGGCGACCGGGACGCCACAAUCACGUGCAAUUGCAGCAAGUGCCGCCGCCUCGCGCGGGACGGAUCCGAUGGCGGUGAUGGUGAAGAAGUGCGGCCAUGGGCUUCGCUGGCCGAGGAUCUGGUGGAGCUUAUAGGGUGGCGUGUGCUGGCCGGCGACCUGCUGGAUUACGUCCGCUUCCGCGCCGUCUGCUCCCACUGGACCAAGAGUACCCUCCGCCCGCGUGGCCGCGGCAUUGUAGAUCCGCGCUUCCACCCGCGACGGUGGAUGAUGUUGCCCGAAGGCCACGGACUCUACCCCGGCCACCCCAAUCUCGGCGGGUACGUACGUUUCUUCAGCCUCUCCACGGGCAGGUUCGUCCGCAUCCACCUGCCGCUCUUUGACGACCACAUCGUCCUCGAUUCGGUAGAUGGCCUCCUCCUCCUGCUGCUGCACCGGGACCAUGGCACCACCAUCCGCCUCCUCCACCCCUUCACCGGCGACAUCGCCGAGUUCCCACCGCUGUCAUCUCUUCUGCAGCAGAUGGAGCGCUACCGCUACAUGAGCGAGGAUUGCAAGCUCCGCGAGCUCCGCCUUUACCUCUGGGGACUUUGUGCCGCCGUUACCGUGGGUGUCGCCGGGACCAUCACCCUGAUGAUAGCCUUUGGCACGAGACACCGUGCAGCCCACGCCACGGCCGGUGACCAGCGCUGGACCCUCUCCGCUAGCAAGAUCCCGAUUUCGCUGGUACCACCAAUUUCUUUCCAGGGCAAAGUGUUCGGCGUGUCAUCAAAGUGGUCUCGUGACGAGCCCAUUGUUAGUAUCUGGCAGAUUGAUCCGCCUACACCAAUUGUUGAGGGUUCGCACUUGCUAUCUCUGCAGCCAGUGCAGAUUAUUGCCGAUUGCCCAGUGGUCUCCUCUAUGACCAGAGUCAACCUGGUAGAAUGCAGCUCAGAGCUCAUGCUCGUUGGUUUUCCUGACACCUCAUAUACAGAACUAGUAGUUUACAGUCUUGCUGAUCUUAUUAGAGGAAGAGUUAUCCCUAUAACAGACAUCGGAGAGCAUGCCCUCUUCCUUGGUGAUCGAUCCUUGUGUGUCUCAUCUAACAAGGGGUUCCCUUCUGUUCCGGGCAACUCAAUCACCUGCAAUUAUAGAAUUCCACACGACAGGCAGGUGGGAAUAUGUUGCCAGAGACUUAUUGAGCAUUACCAUCUAGGUAGUGGUGCCUGGUCUCUAGCCAUACCCAAGGAUAAUCCCCCAGCGAGCCCUUACACACUCGUGCAUCAUAUUUUCACCUGUUGUUUCCACAGCCACUGGAAUAAAGCACUCAUGUUCAACAGAGCUAUAAGACCUGAUUGGUCGGUGAAGCCAAAUAUGUGGAUAGGCGAAUAAAGCACUCAUGUUCCAUGGAGCUAUAAGUCCUGAUUGGUCAGUGAAGCCAAAUCUGUGGAUAGGCGUAAGUCCUAGUUUUGAUCAAUUCAGCUAUUAUAUGUGUGUACUUGCAAUAUUUUCCAUGUCAUGUUCCUGUGAUAUGUAAUUAGUUCUACCAAAUCCAUCAUUAUGCCAUAGCUUCUUGAGAUAAAAACCAUGGCUUUGUAUUAGAAGAUGUGGGCUGCCAUCUUAUUCAUGUGAUGUAUGUUCCUUUUGAAUUUCUUCCUUUCUAGUUUGUUUUACUUAGUGCACAUAUUCUUUUACUUUAGGAAAAAGAGUGCUUUUCAUCCUUGACUGUCAUAAAAGUGUAAUAUUCAUCCCUUAUGUUUCAAUUAGGGCAAAUCAAUCCCUGAACUAAAUCGGUGCACUAAUCAUCCCACCUCGGUCCAACAACAGUUUAGUGCCUCCUAACAGCAGUUUAGACUUUGUAAUGAUCAUCUCACUAAUGACAAUUGUCAUAUAUACUGCUGAGUCAAAAAUAUAAAAUCCACCAAAAAACUUUUAGGAAAUCUCUAAUUUGGCUUUCUUAGAAAUUUAAGCUUCAUGAUAAUAUCUUAUGCCACACCAAGAAAAGAUGCAUGGCAGCAGUAGCAUUACGACGAUUGAUGGCACGAUUUGGGCGGCUCCAAUCAUUUUCCCCCGACACUAUAUAUCAUGGCUACCCUGACAAGCUAAGGGAUAGGCAUGGGUAGAAAAGGGAAAAAAUUACAGGAAAAAUUAAUGAUACUGAUCUGAGCUUAAUGAUUGGUUUGGUUCGUCAUAUGACGUGGCUGAUAAGUGAUUAAUUAGAUGAUCACGUAGUCUAAACCGUUAUCAGAUGUUAUUGGACCAUUGUUAAGCUAGGGUAGGGAUGAUUAGUGUGCCGAUUUAGUUAAUUAAGGGAUUGACUUGCACCAAUUGAAACCUAAUGUAUUGGUUUGGCAUUGCCUCUGUCUUUUAUUCUCGUCUUCUACUUUCUUUGUUUGUUACCCUCUAGUUUGGCCAUUGUUGACAAGCUUACCUUGUUUUUUUUUAUUUCUAGAGUUGAUGGAUGGAUCUCUCACGGUAUGUUGAGGCAAGAGCAAAUAUUUAGCUUGCCAACGAAAAGUGUCCUGAUAGAUGUCACUUGAAAGAUGGGCUAGCGUUGCCGCAGAGCCAUAUUCGAUUCACUGGGCUCAACCUGCCUGUUAUGUAUUGCUAAAGAAGAUAAGAUUGCAGUCUAGUCUGAAGAGGAUGAGCAUCAUGCAGGAGAGAGUAGGCAUCUUUUAGGCUAGAGUAUGUAGUGUUAACUGAUAUAACUAUAUGGAUCAGAAUGUAUUUUAACUUUGUGGUUCGCAUGUCCUAAGUAUGUGCUUUGUAUAUGGUGAUAUCUGUUUCACAGAGUCCAUCUGAAUUCAGUCAGCCAAGUCUCUGUAUGAUUGAAAGAUUUAGUAGUUUGCAGAAUUUUGUGUACCCAUGUAAAUCUAUCUUGUAGAGCAACCAAAACUGUGUUUCUGGAAGAAUGGGAAAAAAAUCUGCAUUUCAGUCUUCAGACA